AUGUUUCAUAAUAGCGAACAACACCCUUUACAUAAAUAUACUUAUCAAAUACCUGGUCAAGAAAAAGUUUAUCCAAUAACUAGUGAUCAAAUAAAUUAUCAACAACAACAACAAAAUAAAGAUUAUAAUAUAGAUAAUACUUAUGUUAAUGGAACAAGUAGUAGUGGAGGUGGUGGAGGAGGAGGAAUACAACAACAACAAAAAUACCAACAAAAUUAUCACACUAAUGGAGGAGGAAUAUUAGAAAAUCAACAAGAAGAAAAUUUAUUAAAUCAACAAUUUGAUCAACAAAUAAAAUUGGAUGAUUUUAUUUGUGUAAGAUGUAAUGAUGGAUUUAUACCUUCCGAAACUGUUGUUAAUUCUGGUGGGCAAUUUUGGCAUGCUGAAUGUUUUGUGUAA